CCAGCGGUCCAGCGCAUCGCAGCAGUUUGUAGUUUGGGUUUCCAUAUCCGGGUAGGGCCUGCGCAUUGCAAAAACUCGUAAUAAUGGCAAAUUCAGUGCGUUUGCUAACUAACGUGUCUCGAUCUGUGCCUCGUAAACUGCUUCCCGUAGGAACAACCAGCACGCCGCGAAAGUACUUUUCAGGGCAGGCACAGCCUCCACAUGCGACAGCAAAGGCAAAAUAUGGAGGUCGCUUUAUGGUUACAAUGCUACCUGGGGAUGGAAUCGGCCCUGAACUGAUGAAGCACGUUCGUGAAGUUUUCAGAUAUGGUGGUGUGCCUGUGGAUUUUGAAGAGGUUCAUCUUGACUCUACCCAGGACGAUCUGGAGAACGUUGAUGAAGCCAUCACGGCCAUCAAGAGAAACGGCGUUGCCUUGAAAGGCAACAUCGAGACGAGGCACAACUCGCCCACCUCCAAGUCCCGCAAUGUAGAGUUGCGCCUACGGCUGAAGCUUUUCGUCAAUGUGAUUCACUGCAAGAGCCAGCCCGGCGUUCCGACUCGCCACAACAACAUCGACAUCGUGCUGAUACGGCAAAACACAGAGGGAGAAUACAGCUGUGCCGAGCAUGAGAGCGUUCCAGGUGUAGUGGAGAGCCUGAAGCUGAUAACAAGGAACAAAUCAGAGGAGAUUGCACGCUAUGCUUUUGAGUUUGCACGACAAAAUGGCAGAAAGAAGAUAACAGCUGUUCACAAGGCCAACAUCAUGAAACUCUCUGAUGGCCUGUUCCUCAAGUGCUGCGGAGAGGUUUCAAAGGACUACCCUGAGAUUGAGUUCGACAACAUGAUAAUUGACAACUGCAGCAUGCAGCUUGUGUCAAACCCAUCACAGUUUGAUGUGCUCCUUCUGCCCAACCUGUAUGGAAACAUCUUAACCAACAUCGCCUGUGGCCUUGUCGGUGGACCAGGCAUCACAUCUGGGAGGAACUAUGGCCAUGAUUAUGCUGUGUUUGAAACGGGGACACGCAACACCGGAAAGUCAAUUGCUGGCAAGAACAUUGCCAACCCUUUGGCCAUGAUGAACGCAAGUGUCGACCUGCUGGAUCAUCUUGGAUUGAAGGACCAUGCAACUGUGAUAAGACAUGCAAUCGACAAAACUCUGAAUGUUGACAAGAUCCAUACACCAGAUCUGGGUGGCCAAGCAAGCACUCGAGAUGUUGUCAACAACAUUAUCAAAGAUGUGCAAGAGACCACAAGGCUUUAGGCCUUCAACGGAUACCUGUGCUGAAUUAUGUGCAUCUACUUACACAUGGUAGUCACAACACAAGCUCUGCUCUGUUGAAGAGGGGGAGAUUAUUAUUUUUAAGAUUUCACAGCCUGGUGCACUUGAAUUAGAUGUACUUAGCAUCCAUGGAAAGCAGUGUUAAUGUCGAUCAAGUAUUCUGUAAGCUUUUUAGGAAAAGUAUUUCUCAAGCAAGAGUAUGGUUCGCCUGGCUACAAAAUGGCAAGUACCGAGGGCUCCUGUUUUGUAUUCUGCUUGGCCAGCCACUGUCCAAGCGUCUGGUGGACAUAUAAUUGUGUCUUCCUUAACAAAGGCAGAACAGGUACAUGGGUUUGAGUGAAUAGAGCCAUAAGUUCGCUUUGUGUUCAUUAACACUGCUGCCAUGAUCACAUACCCAUGUGAAGCGUCAGGCCACUUAAUAGUGGAUGAAGAAAAAAAAAAGGCCUCAGGAAAAUUUCUUGUGUCUAAACUUCAGUGCACCCAAAUUACAACAUUUGGAAAGUGAAUCAUGAAGUUCUUGGUUUCAGAAAACGAAAGUGAGUCGGUGUGAAUGCACCCAGUGACCCUCAAAGACUGCCACAACACAAGCGUGAGAAAAGUUUAAGUAACUGGUCAAGUGGGCCGUUCAGGUCACGCACAACCUCUGCAAUGCCAUGCACGAGGUUGUUUCAAUCCAUUGCCACGGCAGGCACAUUCUGAUGGAGGCGAAAUGCAAAAAUGCUUGGCACCAUGCUUUGGUUGAAAGAAAGAGAGAAAACAAGGCAGAAAGGUCAGCCAAACACAUGUCUGGUUGGCUACCGUGUGUAAGUAAGAAGGGUUAGGAAUUGAAAGAAAGAAGGAAAAGGCAAAAGGAGAAAGUUCGUUCAUGUGCACCGUAGUAGCACUACUGCUAGCAAUGGUAGCUAGCAGCACUGCUACUACAGCAGCAACUACUGCGCAAUAGUAGUAAUACUAUGCUUAAAGUGAAUGUUUUACUUAGGUGAUCAAAAUUAAUCCAAAGCCCUCUACCGUGGCAUCCCUGAUAACACACUGAGCACUUUUGGGACAUUCAUCCCAUAAUUUUCAACAAGCUUUGCAGGUAAGGCACGUAGCCCGAGAUGUUUUCAAGAUGGGUGCUCUGUUCUGCAGGAAAAACUUGAGUAUAAAACUAGAAGUGGAGCAAUUCAUGUCCAGUUCCUGAAAAAUGGUGGUAAAGAGCAAUACAUAAUUUCUUUCCACUUGUUUAAUGCAAAUACAGCACCUCAAGCUCUUCUAUGCUUGUAAGUCUGGUCAUCGUUUACCUUAUUUAUAUUCACUUUAGCAAUAUUUAUGAGCGUAUUUAUUCCCACUUGUACAAAAUAAUAGCUUUUAGUAUCGUCUAUGCCCAAGGUUCAGAAAGUGUUUUUGAUUUCUGCAACCAUUAUAGGCAGCUCCUGAGUUGUGACUGUAUAGAGAGCAUUCACACAGUUGGAUUUCUGAACUGGACACAGGCGGCUUCAAGGCUUUGGCUAUAUGGCAAGUCAACGCCAUGUCAUUAAACAGUUUUUGAAAAAGC